UUUAGUCACGAUAAGACAAGGAGACGAUUCUUUAUGUGCUUUAAACAGCAUUAAUGAAACACUUCUGUUGAGUUUUGGAUUAUUUUUGUGUAUUUUUGAGUCUUUUAGAGAGUUUUAUUUCACAGCAUCACAACAGAAAAUGCUUUACACAUCUCUUGUGUUGUGCUUGUGGACUCUGAGAGGUGUGUUUGGUGAUGAAGUGAAGUCAGUGUCAGUGAUGGAGGGACAUUCUGUUACUCUACACACUGAUCUCACUCACAUACUGACACGUGAUGAUACUGUAGAGUGGAGGUUUGGAGUAAACGGUCCUCUCAUCGCCAGAAUCAAGAGAUCAGUCAAUAUUAAUCCCAUAUAUGAUGAGACUGAGAUAUUCAGAGACAAACUGAAGAUGAACAAUCAGACUGGAGAUCUCACCAUCACACACAUCACAUCUCAACACUCUGGACUUUAUCAUCUAAAAAUGAAAAUUGGAAAUGAUCAUACAGUCAAGAGUUUUAGUCUCAGUGUUUAUUCUCCAACUGCUGUCAGUAUCAGUAUCAGUGAAUCUACACAAACUCCAUCUUCUUCAUCUUCAUCAUCAUCAUCCUCAUCAGAGAGUUCAGGUGUGACAGUAGCAGAUGUUGAUCAUCAAACCUCAGUUUAUAUAACACUCAUCUCUUGUGCUGUUGCUGUCGGAUCUCUGCUGAUUUUAACUCUUCUGAUCUUCUGCAUCUGCAGAAAACACAAAGAUACAUGUGAAGAAGUUCAGACCUGUGAGGAUGACGUCACUUACGCUGAUGCAACAUUCUAUAAACAAGACAGACAGAUUAAAAAAGUUAAAGAAGAGGAUGACGAGGUUGUGUACGCUGAUGUCAACACGAAACGUUGACCUUUGAAUUCCUGUGUGAUGCAGUUUCCUCAACAUGUUUACAUGUAUUUGUUAUUUAACGUGUCUAUCCGUUUUAAGCUUAUUUAAAGGCAUCAGCAUCUUUUUAAUGUAUUCAGAGUGUUAAAUUAGAACAUUCAGAGCUUCUCAGCACAGUGUCAGUCCUCUGUACACACAAACAACACAAGGUGCAUUGCGCCACUUCAACACAAGGAGGCGUCAUUUCUCUCAAAGAUGACUAAAUGAGCUUAACAUCACAACAACUGUUUAACUGUUAAUACUUCAAUGACAGAUUCAACUUCAGAAAGUCGAGUACAUUUUUUUCAAUUACACAUUCAAUUUGAUGUAUUCGAUGUUAUUUGGUACACCUAUACGAUCAUGAAGAAUAUCUUUUCGUACGAUUCUGUUUAAUAAUUUGUAUUUAGUCCUGACAAACCACCUUCAUUUCCUUUAAAUAUUUUAACCUUCAAUUAGUUUCCUUGAUGUUUUCUCUGCAUCUCACUUUAUGUCGUUUGUUGACAUUGUACCGCUCAGGUUAAUGUUGUCAAUUCAGUUGAAGUUUAUUUGUAGUACAGCUUUUUCAAAUACAUUUUGUUUACAUUCAUUCAUUCAGCCAAAGCUUUUAUGCAAAGCUACACAACAAGCGAUUGAUCCUAAGAAGGUAAAACAAGAAGGUAACAACAAGAAAGUAACAAUAAAACAACAUUUCAAACACAAUGUUCAGAUACAAUCCAGUACAAAGAGAAUUGAAAUAAGAGAGAUGUAGUGAAAAGAUUUAUUUUUAUAUUAGUGUUCUCAGACUUGACUCUGUAUAUGCUGUGAUUUUUAAGGUCCAUAUGCCAAUAAUACAUGUUUAAUACGGCGAUACACAUUGUGGAUAUUUUUCAAGUGGAAAUUGAAGUAUAUUUUUUAAGGUUCACAGUAAGAUGAUUAACUGGACAUGUCUCUUAUUAGAACUGAGUAUUAAACAUGUCCUUAACAAAUGACGAUUAUCUUUCUCAUAAAAAACAAUGAGAACCUUUCAGGUAAAUGAUCCAUGGAUUUACUACAAACACCAUCAGUUAAACUAGGAACUAUAGUGAGAAAAUGAUACAUUUGUGGUUACUGUAGAUUUACAGCCAUAGUUAAACUAUAGCAAAUGGUUCUUUUUAUUUCAAGUGCAAGAACUAAUGCAAUAACGUAACUUUAUAAUAACAUUCUCACAUCUGCUUCUAGUUUGUUUUCAGACUCCCCGAGCCCUAAACUAAAGAACUUUGUAGAGACCUCAUGACUUAAACGUAAAAUAAAUAACCCAUAAGGAUUUA